CAGACGUGAAAAGUAGGUAUUUUAUUCCUGAAUUCAGAUUCGAAUUCCUUUCGGUUCAACCUUUAAAUACCUUUCUGACCCAACAUUCCAAGAUUAUUCAAAGAAAUAUAUCGAGGGUCUAAUAACAUAGACAUAGCUAAAACAGUGUUAAUACCCAAAGCAAGAACAAUCGAGCUUAAAUAAUUCAUCCUGACAAACUACAUUAUCUUUGCAAAAAAUGUCUUCGAGUCAAAGAUCCAGUAGCAGUUUUAGAUCACGGUCAUCAUUAUCCAACCCUGCCUCAAUUCCCGGACUUUCUAAUGGUACACAGCAGUCUGCUUUACCAAGAGUUAAUAUUACAGACUUAAGAAGACCUCCAAGUGCAAGAUCAUCAUUCCGUCCUUCUUCUCCUAGAAUAAGUAAUGGUAAUAGUUAUUCCACCAACUCAAGACCGGGAUCAUCCUUAAGUAAUAAAAAUGCCAGCAGUACCACUUUCCCAAGUAGACCUUCCACUCCGUCAGCCACCUCAUUUAGAAACUACGAGCCUUAUACCGGAACAAUUACCGUUUCUAUAAGACCAAAUCCUUAUAGUGUAAGUGAAUCUCAACCUUUAGCGUGGGAUAUAGAAGAACUGUCGAAUACCAUAGCCAAUUCAAAUGAUGGUAGUUCGUUUACCUUUGAUAACGUAUUCCCAGCAAACCCUUCCAUCACAAAUAGAGAAGUAUAUAAUCGCUCGUGUUCUCAAAUAGUGAAUAACUACUUAAAUGAAGGUUAUAAUGGUACAAUUUUCGCAUACGGUAUGACUGGUUCGGGUAAAACAUUUUCUAUGAGAGGUAGUGAUGAAGAUCCUGGUUUUGUUAGAUUGGCAAUUGACGAAAUAUUUUGUAAAAUUGAAAACUCAGUCGAUUCAUCCAAGAAACAAUAUACUAUCAAUCUAAGCUAUUUAGAAAUCUACAAUGAAAAAAUUAUCGAUUUAUUAAGUGAAGUUUCUUCAAAUAGUUCUCAAGAUUUGAAAAUUAGAGAUGAUCCAGUGUACGGUACUAGAAUUAUCGGAAUAACUUCUCCUACCAUAUCUACAAAAUCUCAAAUGCUUGAUUUAAUUAAAAAUGGUGAUAAUAAAAGAAAAACUAGUGCAACUGAUUUUAAUGCCCGUUCGUCUCGUUCGCAUUCAAUCUUGCAAGUUAAGUUAAAUACUAUUGAUAUUAGUUCAAGAGUUGAACAACAUGCUACUCUUUCACUAUGUGAUUUGGCAGGUUCUGAACGUGCAACUUCAAGUGUUGAAAGAAGAAAAGAAGGGGCUUAUAUUAACAAAUCUUUACUUGCAUUAUCUACCGUUAUAAAUAAAUUAUCAAUGUCUACUUCUUUCGCCGGUGGUGGUUCCCCAACUCUAUCUGAACAUAUCCCUUAUCGUGAUUCUAAACUUACAAGAUUAUUACAACCUGCUUUAUCGGGGUCUUCUUUGGUUUCCAUUCUUUGUACCGUUCAUUUGGGAUCAAAUAGCUCAACCUCAAAUAAUAACCAACAAUUCAUAUCGGAAACCGCAAACACCCUUAGGUUUGCUGCAAGGGCUAAAGAUAUUGUCAUGCAUGUCAACACUAAUAGAAAAACAUCCGUUGGUGACCCAGAGUCAAUCAGAGUUAUCGAAGAGUUAAAAGCAACAAUUGAUAAUCAAAAACAAGAAAUUCAAAUGUUGAAGUUGAAUGGUGUACCUCUGUUGAUAGAAAAAGAUGUGAAAAUAGCUCAAUUAGAGUCUGAAAUCAAGAUCUUGAAUGAAAAAUUAGAACAUUUAUCAAGAUUAACUGAUCUUCAAAAAACAGAAACAGUAUUACUAAGAAACGAUGCAUUAAAUGAUUUAUUAGGAGUAGGUAUAGAUAAUAACUCACUGCAAAUAAUGAUGUCCAACCUUGAAGAUUUUUAUAAGAGAAUAAAUUAUGAAAUGGAUGAACACAAGUCAUAUAUCAAUCACUUGGAGAACCAGUUACGUAUUGCCUUUGAACACAUAUCUCGCAACUCGAGCAUAUCAUCAAACACUUCAGUGAAAUUACCUACUCGUAAGUUAUCUAAUGAAUCAAGAUGCUACUCCGACAGGCAUAUUGAUAUGAUAAUGAAAGACCAAGAAGAAGAAAUCUGUCAUUUGAAAGAAAUGUUGAAAGAUAAAGAUCACAUUAUUCACGGUCUCACCAAAACUUCUAAAUUAAGAAGAUUAGUCGAUUCAUCUACAAUCAAC